AAGUCUUCAUUUUAUCGUGUGGUUAGGGGCUAUAGAGAGAGAGCAGCCUUCGGACGAAGUCCACCUUCUAUAUAUAGAGGACCCCUCUCCUCGCGGUCUGACGUUAACCACUACUGCACCGCGUUUUCCUCCCGUCGUUUUUUUUCCCCUCUCCAAAUUCACAAAUUUCCUCUCACUUCAUCGGAGUAGCCCGAGAGAAGAAUGGCCGAUCAGCUCACCGACGAUCAGAUCUCCGAGUUCAAGGAGGCCUUCAGCCUCUUCGACAAGGACGGCGAUGGUUGUAUCACCACGAAGGAGCUUGGCACAGUUAUGCGGUCUUUGGGACAAAACCCAACAGAAGCUGAGCUUCAGGACAUGAUCAAUGAGGUUGAUGCCGACGGAAAUGGGACAAUUGACUUUCCUGAGUUCCUGAACCUGAUGGCACGGAAAAUGAAGGAUACCGACUCUGAGGAGGAGCUCAAGGAAGCUUUUCGGGUUUUUGACAAGGACCAGAAUGGCUUCAUUUCCGCAGCUGAGCUCCGCCAUGUGAUGACAAACCUUGGUGAAAAGCUCACCGAUGAGGAAGUUGAUGAGAUGAUUCGCGAGGCUGAUGUGGAUGGUGAUGGGCAGAUCAACUAUGAGGAGUUCGUCAAAGUCAUGAUGGCCAAGUGAGAGCUAGUGAGCCCAACACCCAUUUGAAAGUGAAAAAGAAGGGGGGAAAACGGCAGAUAAGGUCGAUAAGCUUUCUAUUUUCUGGGUAUGAGGAUUUCAUUUGGUAUUAAUAGGUCUCCUUGGUGGUUUGUCUGUUCUCCAGUUUGCUUUGUUUUUUAGUUCUGCUCAUCCUUGUCUGCUUGUUUGCUCUGUUUUAGUUUUAUGUUGGGGGAUCAAACAAUAGUUUCCUUUCUUAUUGGGUUUGGUAUUAUCUUCGGACGUAUGGUGUUAUGAACGUAGAAUAUAUUUGCUGAUGGAUGUCUAAUUUUAUUAAUUUAUGAAAUUGCUGGAUUUUGCUUC